AUGUCGUCUUCAAGCCGCCUGGACAGCGAUUUGACAGUUUGCUCUUUCUUGGAAAAGCUGAUUUCCAUAAAGACUGGUGACUCCGGUCAAGCAUUCGAAGUUGAUGCUAAGAUUCGUAAGCAAAUCUCCAACAUGAUUGGGGUCAUAGCUGACUGGGAAAGUAUCCAGCAGAAAUUCGUUCGUGAUGCGGUUCUUUGCAUCUACGCUAUCUCCAUCGUUCAACGAUCUCUCGAACUGGAUACUUCUAAAAACGAAACUGUAUGCGCACUAAAUCUUGAUGUCAUUCCUGAAGCCAUUCCUGACUGCUCUGUCACGGAAGCG